UUACGACGAAGUAACGGAGGAAGCCAUGGACAGCAUCACAGCAGGCCUCCGUGACCCCUACCACCCCGAAAACUGCUCGAAAUACUACAACAAGAACUUCUCCAUACUCUGGGAUGCGGAUCGUGCAGAGGAACAGAAUCCCGAGAAGGAAACCCGUCCUGGGUCCAACCCUUUCAAUCGACACGUACGACGGCAUAAACAUACCUUCCUCAACACUUGCUGGGCUUUCCUCACUGCUCCUCGUUCACCUGAGCAGAUACAAACACUGGCGAAGGACAUGGAUACGCGGCACCUUGACAAUGCUGAAGGCAUCGAUGACGCAGGAGAUGGGUUUCAGCUCGCGUUGCUGAAGAUGAUUGGCUUCGUGACCCUGAUCCUGCGCCUAGUGAGGGGGCGCAAGUCACGGUCAGUGAUCGGCGUGCUUAGUCAGCAGCCAUCACCGCUUGGACCUGCAAAACCCGUCCUCCACCUACCCUCGUCGAUGCAUCGCUCCCUUCGCAUCGGACUGGCAAAAGUAAAAUACCACGGCCAUUAGCAAACCAUACAGAAUGCUCUAGAGUGACUCUUACCUCAGAAGCCCCGUCAAUCAGUCCUCAUCAUCUUCUGAAUCAUAUAGUGCGUCACCCCCAUCCACCUGCCCAUCCGCGGAAGACCCAGCGGAGACGCGCGGUCCACUCAAGCGUGGCAUCAUACGCGUAACCGUCGGCCCAAUGGGCUGCC